GGUGCUCUUCACAACCUACGAAACCGCUCACCAUCACGGGCAGCGUACUGGCAACAGCUCGAUCGCACAGCACACAGCACUGCUUUCUCUUCCUUCAGCAACUCAAUUCACGUCCCUGCAUCAUCUCGGUUUCGGCGAGCCGUGUGAACGUCGUCUUUGCAGUGGUCAGUGCACCAGCAGUUUCGCGGACGCUCAGAACGUCACGGAGACGAGCUCUUUCUUUUACGCGAUCGGGAGUGUUGGUCCUUCGAGUCGGAUGAUCGAUUUGGCUGUAAUGCGGUGGUUUUGAAAGGUGGUUUUUCGUUGUUUAUUUUUCGAGAGAGAGAGAUUUCUGGAGUGUAGUGGAACGCCAUGGGGAUGCUACUGAGACACCUGACGUUUGCCCUGUUCUUCUUCUUCUUCUGCCUGUCACUGGACUCGUCUUGGGCGGAUUCGUCUUUCAACAUCAGCAGGUACAUUAAAGACAUUCCAGAGGACAUCAAACUAGGCGUGCAAACCUCUCUAAAAAUCGAGGAAGAGGUUAGACAGAAUGGAAAACAAAAGAACUCGUGUGCACCACAAGAACCAAUACCUUGCCCACCUGGGAAAUACAGGAGGCCUAACGGAGAAUGCAACAACAUAAGACAUCCUAGAUGGGGUAGCAGAGGCACUCCCUUCUUGAGGUAUCUACCUCCAACGUACGCAGAUGGUAUAUCCAAACCGCGUCAGUCAAUCACUAACCAUGCACUUCCCAGUGCUCUAGAUGUCGCUCGUUCCAUCCAAAAUACCCAGAUAGAGAAUCAUGAGUCAGUCACAGCUCUACUUGGUGCUUGGGGAGAGUUCCUCCUUCACGACUUGGCAGGAACCGGAAACCUUAAGGUCUCCCGUUGCUGCGACAAAUCAAAAGAUCAACACCCUGAAUGUUACGGAAAAAUUUCUGCAGAACAGUGCAGGGAAUACAUGAGAACCUUGCCCACCAUGGAGAUGGAGAACUGCAAUUUUGAGUACAGAAACCAGAUGAACCUAGCCUCAGCAUUCUUGGACGCAUCAGCAGUAUACGGCAGCACUGAAGCUCAGAUCUCAAAGUUGAGGACUUACGACGCUGGCCUAGUCAACAUCUCUUCAUGCUUUUCCUGCCAAACCAACGCCUUGUACUCUGCUAUAUUGCGCGAGCACAACAGAAUAGCUGUGAACCUGGCUAAGCUAAACCGUCACUGGCCUGAUGAUGUCAUAUUCUACGAAGCUAGGAGGAUUGUAGCUGCAGAAAUACAGCAUAUCACCUACAGCGAGUUCUUGCCCAUCGUUCUUGGAGAGGAAGCUAUAGUGAACUCAGAUUUGGAAUUGAAAAGUCAUGGAAGGUUCUCCAAGUACUCUAGUUCCCAGAAAGCUGGUAUAUACAAUGCUGUAGCACUUGGUGCUCUACCUGCUCUUAUGUCCUUGAUGCCAGUCAGAUUGAUGAACGAGACAGUGUCAAACUUCGCUGAAAUGAUUGAUAUGCUCAUAAAAACACCGGCUCAAGUACCUAGCUUGCAUAUGGCCAUCAAUUUGAGGUCUGACUGGGACACAGCUUCCUUGUUCAUCCAUAUGGGAAGAGAUCAUGGACUCCCAGGUUACACAACAUGGUUGAACUCGGCUAGAAAUGCUACCAGGAAGUACAAAUUUGAAGAUUUGGAGAAGAUGGGUAUGAAGAGGGAAUAUGUCAAGGCUCUCAAGUAUCUUUAUAUGGAUCCUGAAGAUGUAGACUUUUUGGUGGGAGCGGUCUUAGAGAAACCUAUGCCUGGUGCUGUUGUCGGAAGAACACUCAGUCAUUUACUGAAGCAACAAUUUAUACUACUGAAAAUAGCUGAUCGGUUCUGGUACGAAAAUGAUCUUCCUCCAAGCUCUCUCACCACAGAUCAACUGACGGAGAUCAAGAAAACAUCGAUUGCUGGACUCUUGUGCGCCAAUACAGACUACUUGGACAAAAUUCAACCUAAAGCUUUCUUCCAAGAAGAUUUAUACCUAAAUGCUAAAAUAUCUUGCGACCACUACUCGAUGCCACAGUUAACACCAUGGCUGGAAAUGGACCAUAUGGCCGAUCUGUCUGAUGACAUUCUGAUGGAUGCCUUGUCCAAAGCUGAACAGGAGGUUUUAGAGCGUAGGAAAAUCGAGUUCCAAUCUUGGAAAGAAGGACACAGCGCAGAUCCUAAAUCUCCUGUAGGCACAGCUGCCUCUUUCAGUAAAGCCAACAGGGCAGCUCUGAAACUCGCCAAUACAUCUUUACUUUUCGAAUUUGCAUCAAAUGAAAUCAUUAACUCGUUACUAAACCAUAGAAGGAAACGUCAAGUUUUCGACAACAGCAUCUUCUUAAGAGACGAUCUGUCCAAUGGACUUCAGAACGUAGACAUUUCAUCUCUGAUAGCUGCAUCUUUCUUGGAGGACCCUACUUGCGAUGAUAGUGGUCCAUGUGAUCCAACAACUCCGUUCAGAACCAUGACAGGUCACUGCAACAACAUCGCUAACCCUAGUUGGGGAAAAAGUUUAACGACUUUCAGCAGGCUUCUUCCUAGUGUUUACGACGAUGGUAUAUCAAGACCAAGAGUGGUAGGAGCUACUGGACAACCUCUACCAUCACCAAGAAUUGUUUCUUCAGUAAUACACCCCGAUAUAAGCAAUCUACAUUCGAGAUACACUUUGAUAACCAUGCAGUUUGCACAGUUUGUUGACCACGAUCUAACAAUGACACCAAUUCAUAAAGGUUUCCACGAAUCUAUACCGAAUUGUAGAUCUUGCGACAGUCCUAGGACUGUACAUCCUGAGUGCAAUCCUUUCCCUGUGCCACCAGGAGAUCACUAUUAUCCAGAAGUUAACAUAACAUCUGGACAGAGGCUUUGCUUUCCUUUCAUGAGAUCUUUACCGGGACAACAGUCUCUUGGGCCUAGACAGCAGGUCAAUCAGAACACUGCAUUCUUAGACGCUUCUCAGGUCUAUGGAGAGAAUCUUUGCGUGCUUAAAAAUCUGAAAGGAUUAAGAGGAAGAAUGAACUCAACACAGCACCCAGUUAGAGGCAGGGAACUCCUUCCACAGUCAGAUUCUCAUCCUGAAUGUAAAUCAGCAUCAGGACUUUGCUUUAUAGCCGGAGAUGGAAGAGCUUCUGAACAGCCUGGUUUAACGGUUAUCCACACUUUGUUCCUUCGUGAACACAACAGACUUUGCGAAGCACUUCGUGAGAUCAACCCUCAUUGGGACGACGAAAAGGUGUUUGAACACGCUAGGAGAAUCUUGAUUGCUGAGAACCAACAUAUGACCUACAACGAAUUCUUACCUCGUGUGCUGAGCUGGAAUGCCAUGAAUCUAUACGGUCUUAAGCUUUUGCCACAGGGUUACUACAAAGGAUACAACCCCAAAUGUAAUCCUAGCAUAGUUAACGAAUUUGCCGCUGCUGCAUACAGAAUUGGACAUUCUCUUCUAAGACCUCAUAUACCUAGGAUGAACCAACACUAUCAAGUCGUAGAUCCACCGAUUUUGUUGAGGGAUGGGUUUUUCAAGGUUGAUAUGAUAAUGCAGACUGGAAUGGUGGAUGAAAUUUCUAGAGGUUUGAUUUCAACACCCAUGGAGUCCUUGGAUCAGUUCAUCACUGGGGAAGUUACAAACCAUUUGUUUGAAGACAGAAAAAUACCAUUCUCAGGCAUUGAUUUAGUUGCAUUGAAUGUACAGAGAGCUAGAGACCACGGUAUACCUUCUUACAACAACUACAGAGCACUUUGUAACCUUAAGAGAGCUACAACUUUUGACGAUCUAAGCAGGGAGAUUCCACCAGAAGUCAUAGCAAGAUUGAAGAGGAUAUACGCCACCGUGGACGACAUAGAUCUUUUCCCUGGUGGAAUGAGUGAGAGGCCUUUACAGGGUGGUCUUGUGGGGCCAACAUUCGCUUGUAUCAUCGCCAUACAGUUCAGACAACUCAGGAAAUGCGACAGAUUUUGGUACGAGAAUAUUGACCCGACUGUUCGUUUUACUGAGCACCAACUAGCAGAAAUCCGUAAAUCCACCCUGGCCAAAUUGAUCUGCGACAAUAUGGACCACCCUGGAGAAAUCCAGAGGGCAGCAUUCGAUCUUCCGUCCAACUUUUUGAACCCUAGGGUAGAUUGUAGGAGUUUGCCAGCCAUAAAUUUGAAUGCUUGGAGGGAAAGUUCCAGUAAUGGCUGCAUUAUUGGCGACAGACAUGUGGAGGUUGGAGAGAGUGCCUUCCCCUCUCCUUGUACCAGCUGUAUAUGCAACAGUGAUGGGGGCCAAUGUGCAUCUUUGAGGGUGACAGAUUGUAACCAGCUUCUCCGGGAGUGGUCCAGAGAAGCUGUAAUGAGAGACGAGGUUUGCACAGCUCAGUGUGGCUUCUUUCUGCACAGGGGCGGAGUGCAGUCCAGCUCAUCAGCCAAUCUGAACGCGGGGUUGAUACCUCCUCCAGCCAGGCAUUUAAGAGCCAGGCAGAUAGGAAGAAACAACUUCCAGAACUUCAGAAACGACUUCAGCCCCUUCUCAGGCUUCAAGUUUCCCGAUUUAACGCCCUUCAUAGCAAAGUGAGAGCGUCAGUGAUAUAAAGUGUCAUUUAAAAAAAGAAUAUAUGAAACUUUCCAAAACGUGAGAAUUUGUAUAUUGUGUAAAUACGAGUGGAUUAUUUACCAAUGUUGUUGAUCAUGAAGGCGGUUUCCUCUGGCGUCGAAAUUAUGAUCUCUUCGUGCUAAAUACGUGAAAGUAUGAGAUUUAGACCAUCGUAUAUCGUUGUUUUAUUUGAAUGAUUGCACGAAUUUAAUUGUGAAAAGUAUUUAAAUAUAUUAUUUUAUUUUCUAA